UUGCUGGUAUUCAUUGCAUUUUUCCCUGAAGUACUGCAGAGCCACAACAGCAACGUAAAAAUCUUCAGUCACUGUAUCAGUUCUUUUAUCACUCCAGUUGGAUACCAUCAAAUAUUUUCCUAUAGGAUACAAACCUCUUCCAUAAAUACAAAUAUUAAUUCUUGCUAUGAGAGCAUAUUCCUAUAAUUUCCCAGCGUCGUUCUACUAGUAGAUGUGAGCAGACCAUCCUGUGCCCUGAGCCCUUCAGCAAAGCCCUCAGCACUGCCCAGUAAUUAUUAGGUUGGCUCACCGCCCUUGGCAAAAUGGACAAUGCCCACAGGGAGAAGACGUCACUAGUCAAAGGUGCUAAGGACAUUGCAAAGGAGGCCAAGCGGCAUGCAGUAAAGAAGGUGACCCAGGUUGUGGACCGAGCCUCAGACGAGUACUCUCAGCGUUCCUAUAGCCGCUUCCAGGAUGAAGAGGAAGAGGAGGAUGACAAAUAUUACUAUUAUAGGCCGGAGGAUGAGCAGGGAGGUAAUGAGGAAGAGGGCUCCAGUGACGCCACUGAGGGCCACGAUGAGGACGACGAGAUGUAUGAGGGGGAAUACCAGGGGAUCCCAGAGGGAUGUCAGGCCCAGGAGAAGCAGAUGGCCAUGGGGCAGCCAGUGUCGGACAGCGCGAAGGACCGUGGCGAGCUGGAGUCAGAGCGCCGGGCCGACGAGGAGGAGCUGGCGCAGCAGUACGAGCUCAUCAUCCAGGAGUGCGGCCACGGCAGCUUCCAGUGGCAGCUCUUCUUCGUGCUGGGGAUAGCGCUCAUGUCGGACGGCGUGGAGGUCUUCGUGGUCGGCUUUGUGCUGCCCAGCGCCGAGACAGACAUGUGUGUGCCCAACUCAGGGGCCGGCUGGCUGGGCAGUGUGGUGUACCUGGGCAUGAUGUUAGGAGCCUUCUUCUGGGGGGGCCUGUCGGACAAAGCGGGUCGCCGCCAGUGCCUCCUCAUUUGCCUGUCUAUCAAUGGCUUCUUCGCCUUUUUGUCCUCCUUCGUUCAGGGCUAUGGCCUUUUCCUCUUCUGCCGCCUGCUUGCGGGGUUUGGGAUCGGAGGGGCGGUUCCCAUAGUCUUCUCCUUCUUUGCGGAGGUGCUGGCGCGGGAGAAGCGGGGCGAGCAUCUGAGCUGGCUUUGCAUGUUCUGGAUGAUCGGGGGCAUCUACGCCUCCGCCAUGGCCUGGGCCAUCAUCCCACACUACGGGUGGAGCUUUAGCAUGGGCUCGGCCUACCAGUUCCACAGCUGGAGGGUGUUCGUGGUCGUCUGCGCCCUGCCCUGCGUCUGUGCAGUUGUCGCCCUCACCUUCAUGCCUGAGAGCCCCAGGUUCUAUCUUGAGGUGGGGAAGCAUGAUGAGGCCUGGAUGAUCCUCAAGCAGAUCCAUGACACUAACAUGAGGGCACGUGGGGAGCCGGAAAAGGUUUUUACAGUGAACAGAAUCAAGAUCCCGAAGCAGAUUGAUGAGUUGGUGGAGAUGCAAUCAGAGACUGGAAACCCCAUCUCAAAGGUCCUGUUCAGGAUUAAAGCUGAGUUGCAAGGGAUCUGGUUAACCUUCAUGAGGUGCUUCAACUACCCAGUGAAAGACAACACAAUAAAGCUUGCUAUUGUAUGGUUCACGCUGUCUUUUGGGUUCUAUGGCCUGUCUGUCUGGUUUCCAGAUGUCAUCAAGCACCUGCAGGCAGAUGAGUAUGCAUCCAAAGUGAAGACCCACAACAAUGAGCGCAUAGAGGAUUUCACAUUCAACUUCACCCUGGAGAACCAGAUUCACACCAAUGGGAUCUUCAUCAAUGACAGAUUUAUCAGCAUGAAGUUCAAGUCGGUCACGUUCAUUGACUCCACCUUCCGAAACUGCUACUUUGAUGAUGUCACAUCUGUGGGGUCCUACUUCAAGAACUGCACUUUUAUCGAAGCCUUUUUCUACAACUCAGAUAUUGAUGACAGCAAGCUGAUUAACACAGAGGUGAUUAACAGCACCUUCCAUCACAACAAGACGGGCUGUCAGAUGACAUUUGACGACGACUACAGUGCCUACUGGGUCUAUUUUGUCAACUUUCUGGGAACGUUAGCUGUUCUACCAGGAAAUAUAGUAUCUGCACUGCUUAUGGACAAAAUAGGCCGCCUGACCAUGUUAGGCGGCUCUAUGAUCCUGUCAGGAAUCAGUUGCUUCUUCCUCUGGUUCGGGACCAGUGAGUCCAUGAUGAUUGGCAUGUUAUGCCUCUACAAUGGGCUAAGCAUCUCUGCCUGGAACUCAUUGGACGUGAUCACCGUGGAGCUGUACCCUACAGACAGGAGGGGGACUGGGUUUGGAUUCUGUAAUGCGCUGUGUAAGCUUGCAGCAGUGCUUGGGAACCUGAUUUUCGGGUCACUGGUGGGCAUCACCAAAGCCAUCCCUAUCCUACUGGCCUCUUCCGUGCUGGUGUGCGGGGGCUUGGUGGGGCUGCGGCUGCCAGACACCAGGCCCAACGUCCUCAUGUAACCUGCUGCCUGUUGUGAAGACGGGCCCUCUCCCCGCAGCGGAGGUGGCAUGGAGUGGCAGGAUGACCUGAAGCAUGGCAGGAUCCGUGUUGCUCAAUACGUGCUUAUUUAUUUUCUCUUUAUUGAUGUUUUCAUUUUGUUGCCACACAGCCAGUGCAGCACUUAGCGAUCUGUGCGUCAUAGUGUGGUUCCGAUGCAUCCAUAGCUAUUCCAUACUUGUGACACGAUUUCCCUGCCCCUUCUUUAAAUGUGCUAGUGUCUUGCUGACUGCAUUGGCUACUCAGCAGCUGGGACAGCAGCAGUGCCCGAAAAGAACUUGAAAACAGUCCACACAGCCUCCUGUGCAUUGUCAUAGAAGCUGCUGCAGUUUAUCCGCUUAAGCUACGAUAAUUUAUCCUGAUCGAAAGCAGCUCGCUUUCCUUUUCUGAAUCUGACAAAAUAUCAGACUUGCAUUUGCUGCAGAUAAGCCCGUAGGUAGAAAUAAAUUUUGUAGGGGGGUCCGGCAACACUCCAUAUCUUUAACUACCUGGCUAGGUGCCUGAAUGGGGGGGGGGAUUCAAAUCUGUUAUUUUACUUCUUGGCUUUGUGUCUGACUGCAGAAGCAGACCAGCUCGGUUGAAUGAGGAAGACUGUGAUGUGGGUUAUCACAGCUAUGUGAAUGUGAACUGGUUCCAUGUCACAUUAUUGAUGUGUGCUAGCAUUUUGAGCAUUUUACAUUAAGCAAUAGCAAGAUAGGUAUUUUAAGCCAUUAAAACCAGUUUACAUUAAAAGCAUAUUAUAUUUCAAGUAUUAUUAAUGUGUAUAUGCAUAAUGAAAUGUUGAGUUACAUAUUUCUGUGUUGUAAGAAGAUUUCCUGUUUUUGUUGGCAUUCAGUUAACAAUUUUGGAAUAACAAUACCUUUUCUUUUCUUGUUUCUCUUCCUGAUGAAUUGAGGCUGUACACAAAGGACUUCAGUUUUGUCCAGUGGAACAUGCCGUAAAGGGGGGGUACUGUCAUGUAUCUCCUUCAGUAAAAUUUCUUUCUCCUCUGAUUUUGACAGUGUUCAUAAAAAUAUCCUGUUGAAAGGCAAGGAAGCUGACCUAAAUUAGUAGGUAACACUUCACUUGAAGGGGCAGAAAUAAUGUAGUACUUAACGUAUUCAGUAAUCAGAAAGUGUUAGUUAUGUACUGAUCCCAUGUUCGGUUAAGCAAUAAUAUACGAGAGGGAGUGCGGUUGUACUUCAGUAUAUCACGGCUGUGAUUCGGUUGUAAGCCAAAGAUAAUCACAGCCGUGAUAUAUUGGUGUACGACCACAGAACUUUGAGUAUGUUAUUACUUUUAUACAACAGUUCAUCGAGUCUCAUUUCUAAGGUAACAGUUAUAAGCCACAACAGCUAAUAUUUUGCUUGAUUAUUUAUUUAAACAUUUAUGGGCCUCCACAAAUGAAAAAAAUUGUUCCCACCAGCCAACUGUUGAUUGUUGCCAAGCAACAUAAGCAUUGCAUCACAACACAGCUCACCUGCUGCCUAACUACUUUACAUAAUUGAAAUAAAUAAGUAAUGGUUUUUACAUACACCUGAAAAGCUGUGUGAAACAUCUGAUAUGAAAUGUCCGAGUGCAGUUGUACGGUUAUACUCUGAUAACAGCACUCACAGAAUGCCUCUUGUCCAAUCAGAUUUCUUGGUCGGAACUAACUGUGGGAUCAUAAUUAAUCAAUCAUAACAAUUCUUUCAUGCAGUUAUCAUAUUUGUUUAUGAAUUGUACUUCAGUAGUAAUUGAGUUACUAAGUUACCCCCUCAAGUAAAGGGUUACCAUCAAGCAAGUAAGUAGAUCAUGAAUGAAUAAAAGUCUUACAGGAAAAAUUUAUAGCGACAUUUUUUUAAAGUAACGUUUUAAAUCAAAUCGCUGGACAUACCUUUUUGCAUCUGCUCUGUUUUUAUACAGUUAGGCCCAUUUGAAUGAUAUUUGCUAUCUACUGUAAGAAGCUGCACUAAGAGAUAUACUUAUACAUACAUCUUAACAUGGCACUUGUACAAUAUCAUUUAGCUGUCAGCAUUUGUGUAUUUCAUUUUUUUAUUAAACUGAAGCUCACAAUAAGGGUUACAGUUAGAUAUAAUUUCCUUAUAUGCUUUAAAGCAGUAUUUCCCAAUCCAGUCCUCGGGGAACCCCAAACAGUCCAUGUUUUUGCUCCCUCUCAGCUCCCAGCCAAUCAGGAAUACCGAAUACCUGGUAUACGCUGGGAGCUGAGAGGAAGCAAAAACGUGGACUGUCCAGGCUUCCCUGAGGACUGGGUGGGUUAACACUGCUUUGAAGAACACUGAUGAAACCCUCUUGCAAUAUUCCAGCACUAGAACAAUACACAGCUGUCUAACCAGCUGUUUACAGACAAAAGUUCAGGGGUACUGUUCCUUCACUAUACUGCAUCUUAAAAGUAGCAUCCCAAACCACCAGACUACAUACUGCCUCUUAGAUUACAGACUCUUUGCGAAUAAUACCCCAGCUAUAAAAAAUUGUAGUUCACCACAUAAGGUACCUUUCGCUAAAGAAUUAAAACUACAUGGAGCAUGAGUCAUGUGCUUUCUUUAAUAACGGAUUGCUUGACUAAACACAUUUAAAUAAUUUAAACAUAUUUAAAUAUAAUAAGACUUCUACGCAAUGACCAAAAAGCUGUUGUAUUUUGACCCAAGUAACAUCAAAUAUUUGUUUGCUGCUGUAGUGCUGCAAUCAACGUUGGUUUACACAGCUACAGCAGCACCACUAUACUCAAAUCCUAACUCAGACAUGACCGUACUGUACUCCUAGUUUACAUAGGAAUGAAGCCUGCAAGGUACUGUGUGUUAUACCAAAAAAUAAGACGCCAUCAAUAAUUUCAGUUGGGAGCUGCUUUAUUCAAGGGUUUCGUUUAUUGACUUAUUGUACUCACAUUUAUUUAUAAGCUAUGGGUAACUAGUGGAACUCCAGACCUCACAGGGCUUUAACUUCAUCUGUACUUACACUGAAAUAACUGAAGGCAUUCUCCCCAGAUUCUGCGCAUGCGUUUACCUGUUUUGGUUGGUGUUCUGUGUAUGUGUUUCCUUGCUCUUUCAAACAGUGGAAAAAAAAUGUUGAUUUGAUAAAAUGUGAAUAAUUCAUUCCUGGUAGCUUCUCUGUCUUGGUUCUUUGUUGAAAAGAAUGUGUGUUUGUGAGAGAGCAUGCCAGCUAAGGGAUGUAUAUGAUGUACAGAACAGUUCUAUAAAGUAUUAGAAGUAGGUAUAAAAUUAAUUGCCAAAAAACUCUUCGUGGUAUUAUUUCAAAGCAGUUGUGUGUAAAAAAUAAAGUUGCAUUCUCUAUUG